UAGCUAAGGGUGCAGUUGUUCGGCAAGGCAGAGCGCUGAAAGGGCUCGUUCUCGCGAGAGUACAGCUCCCUCCUUGUCCUUAGCAGCGGCUACAGCUAGAGGACCAUCAUGGACGCUCUGGAGGACUACAUUUGGCCGAGGGCAACCUCUGAGCUCAUACUCCUCCCGGUCACGGGUCUGGAGUGCGUGGGGGACCGGCUGUUGGCGGGUGAGGGGCCCGAUGUCCUGGUGUACAGCUUGGACUUUGGUGGGCAUCUGCGGAUGAUGAAGCGAGUACAGAACCUGCUUGGCCAUUAUCUUAUCCAUGGGUUCCGGGUGCGGCCAGAGCCCAAAGGAGACCUUGACUCGGAAGCCAUGAUAGCUGUGUUUGGGAGCAAGGGACUCCGAAUUGUUAAAGUUAGCUGGGGUGAGAGCCGUUUCCGGGAGCUCUGGCGUUCUGGCCUGUGGAACAUGUCUGACUGGAUCUGGGAUGUACGCUGGCUCGAGGGCAAUGUUGCCUUGGCCCUGGGCCACAAUUCAGUGGUGCUGUAUGACCCUGUGAUAGGGUGCAUGCUGCAGGAUGUCCCCUGCACAGACAGGUGCACCCUCUCCUCAGCCUGCCUGAUUGGAGACACCUGGAAGGAACUGACCAUAGUGGCAGGUGCUGUUUCCAACCAACUUCUGGUCUGGUACCCAGCCACUGCUUUAACAGACAACAAGCCUGUGGCACCUGACAGACGGGUCAGUGGACAUGUGGGUGUCAUCUUCAGCAUGUCAUACCUGGAAAGCAAGGGCUUGCUGGCAACGGCUUCAGAAGACCGAAGUGUUCGUAUCUGGAAGGUGGGCGACCUCCGGGUGCCUGGGGGUCGGGUACAGAAUAUUGGGCACUGUUUUGGGCAUAGUGCCCGUGUGUGGCAGGUCAAGCUCCUAGAGAAUUAUCUCAUCAGUGCAGGCGAAGAUUGUGUCUGCUUGGUGUGGAGCCAUGAAGGUGAGAUUCUCCAAGCCUUUCGGGGCCACCAGGGCCGUGGGAUCCGGGCCAUAGCUGCUCAUGAGAGGCAGGCAUGGGUAAUCACUGGGGGUGAUGAUUCAGGCAUUCGGCUGUGGCAUCUGGUAGGGCGUGGGUACCCAGGCUUGGGAGUCUCGGCUCUCAGCUUCAAGUCCUCUAGCAGGCCAGGUACCCUCAAGGCCGUGACUCUGGCUGGUUCUUGGCGACUGUUGGCAGUGACUGAUACAGGAGUCCUGUACCUCUAUGACUUCGAGGUCAAGUGCUGGGAGCAGCUGCUAGAGGAUAAGCAUUUUCAGUCUUACUGCCUGCUGGAGGCAGCUCCUGGUCCUGAGGGCUUCGGACUGUGUGCCAUGGCCAAUGGGGAGGGUCGUGUCAAAGUUGUCCCCAUCAACACUCCAACUGCUGCUGUGGACCAGAUCCUGUUCCAUGGGAAGGUUCACAGCUUGAGUUGGGCCCUGCGUGGCUAUGAGGAGCUCCUUUUGCUGGCUUCUGGUCCUGGUGGUGUAGUGGCUUGCUUGGAGAUCUCAGCUGCACCCUCUGGGAAGACCAUCUUUGUCAAGGAACGUUGCCGAUACCUGCUACCCCCAAGUAAGCAAAGAUGGCACACAUGCAGUACCUUCCUGCCCCCGGGUGACUUCUUGGUGUGUGGGGACCGCCGUGGCUCUGUGCUGCUAUUUCCCUCCAGACCAGGUCUGCUCAAGGACCCUGGGCUUGGAGGCAAGGCUGGGGCUAUUGUUGAGGCACCUGGAGCAGGUGGUAGCAAUGGUAGGAGCGAGAAAGAUGCAUCUGGGUGGGGCCCUGUGUCUACCCUCCAUUCUCUGCAUGGGAAGCAGGGUGUGACCUCAGUCACUUGCCAUGGUGGCUAUGUGUACACCACCGGGCGUGAUGGUGCCUAUUACCAGCUCUUUGUGCGAGGUGGCCAGCUCCAGCCAGUCCUAAGACAGAAGUCCUGUCGAGGCAUGAACUGGGUGGCUGGGCUUCGAAUGGUGUCUGAUGGGAGCAUGGUCAUCCUGGGUUUCCAUGCCAAUGAAUUUGUGGUAUGGAGCCCUCGUUCACAUGAGAAGCUGCACAUCAUCAACUGUGGAGGAGGGCACCGCUCCUGGGCCUUCUCUGAUACCGAGGCGGCCAUGGCCUUUGCCUAUCUCAAGGAUGGGGAUGUCAUGCUAUACCGGGCUCUAGGUGGCUGCACCCGGCCACAUGUGAUUCUCCGAGAGGGUCUGCAUGGCCGUGAAAUCACUUGUGUAAAGCGCGUGGGCACCAUCACCCUGGGACCCGAAUUUGAGGUACCCAGCUUUGAUCAACCUGACUACCUGGAGCCUGGCAGUGAGGGGCCUGGCCUUACUGACAUUGUAAUCACAUGCAGUGAGGACACUACUGUGUGUGUCCUGGCACUCCCUACAACCACAGGCUCAGCCCAUGCACUCACAUCUGUUUGUAACCACAUCUCUUCAGUGCGUGCUGUGGCAGUGUGGGGCAUUGGCACCCCAGGUGGCUCUCAGGAUGCUUGUCCAGGGCUGACAGCCAAUGUAGUGUCUGCAGGGGGUCGAGCUGAGAUGCACUGUUUCAGCAUCAUGGUUACUCCUGACCCCAGCACCCCAAGCCGCCUCGCCUGCCAUGUCAUGCACCUUUCAUCCCACCGGUUAGACGAAUACUGGGACCGGCAGCGCAAUCGGCAUCGAAUGGUCAAGGUGGACCCUGAGACCAGGUACAUGUCCCUGGCUAUUUGUGAACUUGACCGGCCUGGCCUUGGCCCCCUUGUGGCUGCAGCUUGUAGUGAUGGAGCGGUGAGGCUCUUUCUCUUGCAGGACUCUGGGCGAAUUCUACAGCUCCUUGCUGAAACUUUUCACCAUAAGCGGUGUGUCCUCAAGGUCCACUCCUUUGUACAUGAGGCACCGAAUCAGCAGCGGAGGAUGUUCCUGUGCAGUGCAGCUACCGAUGGCAGCCUGGCCUUCUGGGAUCUCACCACUGUGCUAGACCGUGGCUCCACCACCCUGGAGCCUCCAGCACAGCCUGGGCUUCCUUACCAGCUGGGCUGUCCCUGCAUGACCCUCCAGGCCCACAGCAGUGGUGUCAAUAGCCUGCAUACUCUGCCCACACGUGAGGGCCACCAUCUUGUGGCCAGUGGUAGUGAGGAUGGCUCCCUCCAUGUCUUCGUGCUUGCUGUGGAGAUGCCGGAGCUGGAAGAGGCUGUGGGGGAGGCUGAGCUGAUGCCUCAGCUGCGUGUCCUAGAGGAAUACUCUGUUCCUUGUGCACAUGCCGCCCAUGUGACAGGCCUCAAGAUCCUAAGCCCAAGCCUCAUGGUCUCAGCUUCCAUUGACCAACGGCUGACCUUCUGGCGUCUAGGGCAUGGUGAACCCACGUUCAUGAACAGCACUGUGUAUCAUGUGCCAGAUGUGGCCGACAUGGACUGCUGGCCUGUGAGCCCUGAAUUUGGCCACCGCUGUGCUCUUGGGGGUCAGGGGCUUGAAGUUUACAACUGGUAUGACUAAGGUGUCCCGCAGUGGCUGGCCUGCUGGGUAUGGGGCCUGCUCAUAGACAGUGGAGCAGGGAUCUACUGUCUGUGCCUGUGCCCAGUGUGCCUCGAGGGGAGGAGGCAGUGGCCGCGGGUUCCUGACUCCAGAGCAGGAGCUGGAGGUGAGUAAGUGUGCUGCGUGGACAGACCAAGAAUACAUCCCACUUCCCACAAUAGGACAAAACUUUGUAAAAGAAGCAGUUUAUUUGGGCUCCAUGCUCCUAACAUCUGUGGGUUUUGGUUUUUUCAGUUGAUGAUUUUGUAAAUAUUCCCGGUUACUGGGCCCUCUGUAGUCUCACAUGUGGCUUAGUGGAGGGAGGCCCAGCAGAGCCAGGCCUGUGUGGAGCACCUCACGAACAGCCCUCAGAAGCUGCAGGCGGGCGAACAUCUGACCAAAGAGGUGUGGCCGAGGCUCCUGGAGGAGAAGGGACCUGAUGGUCUUACCCUCUGCUUCCCUUGUCUUCACCCUGCACCUUUCCCAUACCCCCUUUUGCUAUGUGCUCACCCCUAGGAUGUGUACUCUGUUAUAGUAUGAGCUGAAAUCCAUGCUGAGCUGUACCAGGAACUUGCACACCUAGAGAUAGAGACUGAGUUACUGGCUUGUGUCUUUGCUUUUGUGUCCCAGCCCAGAAUAAAGAUUAGAGUGUGUAGUGUC